UCCCAGUGCUGUCACCAGCUUGAAACCCCUCAGAUAUACAUAUACUCGUAAAAUUAAUUUAAAUAAAAUUCGUAUAUAUUUUAAAUCUCUCAAAAUGAACAUGGGUAGGAAUGUUGCCGUACGCUCCAUUUUCCUCAACUGUCUCCGGGAAAAUGCCACCAACAUGCGGCGGGAGCACGAGGAUCUGGGCCGCCGCAUCGCCAUUUCGCUGGCAAAUUCCCGGCGAACUUUGGCCAAUAUCGAAAACAUGAACCAUGAGCUGCAGAAAAUGAAGGAAACCAUCCAUAAUGCCCUCAACAAUAUUCGCAGGGAUGCCAACUUCGAGAACAAGUCGUGUCGAUUGCUCAUGAGCAUUUUGUUUAUAGUCGUUGAUGAAUUCGGUGUGGAGGCCAAAUUAAAUCCCAAAAUUGUCUCUCAGAUGUUUCUUGAGUCGGAUUCUGAGACGGAUUCUGAAACUGAUGAGCCUGUUAUGCAGGCUCUUGAUAGUGCAAAGGAUGUUCCAGCUCUGUUGAAUUCGCAAAACGUUCUGGCAACUUCUCAAGACAGCAUUGAGAUGAUUAAGCCUUUGGCUGGACCGAAACCAUUAGAUGCAGCGGAGAACUCCGGACUCGUACUUGAUUGACUUUGAAAUAAUUUAGUCCUUUGCCGAUUCCGUCUCCCUUAUUGUUUUGGAGUAAACGAGUGUGCGGGACUACAAAUGUUUUAUAUUUUUUAACGAUUCCAUUAAAUUUGCAUGGUGAAUUACAAAAGUGGAA